AUGUUUCCUUCCAUUUCAAAAUUUUUUUUUCUAUCACUUAUUUCCUUUCUUUCACUUCCUAUUUAUUUUCACCUUUACUUGUGUCUUUCUAUCAUUCCUUUCUCUCUCAAAAUACAUAAUGCCUCUCUAUUUCUCUCUCCUAAAACAGACUUUCUUUACUCUUCUUAUAUAUUGUCUUGCCAUAACAAUACGUUUAUAUCAAUUAGAAACACUUGUCUGCUACAAUCUAUCUAUCUCAGUCUGUUUCUUUCUUUAUUUAUUUCUUUCUUUCUAUCUAUCUCAAAAUGUUUAUAUCUAGCUAUCUACAUGAAUCUUUCUUUCUUUCUUUCUAUCUAUCUCAAUAUGUUUAUAUCUAGCUAUCUACAUGAAUCUUUCUUUCUUUCUUUCUAUCUCAAUAUGUUUAUAUCUAGCUAUCUAUAUGAAUCUUUCUUUCUAUCUAUCUCAAUAUGUUUAUAUCUAGCUAUCUAUAUGAAUCUUUCUUUCUUUAUUUCUAUCUAUCUCAAUAUGUUUAUAUCUAGCUAUCUAUAUGAAUCUUUCUUUCUUUCUAUCUAUCUCAAUAUGUUUAUAUCUAGCUAUCUAUAUGAAUCUUUCUUUCUUUCUAUCUAUCUCAAUAUCUAUCUAUAUGAAUCUUUCUUUCUUUCUAUCUAUCUCAAUAUGUUUAUAUCUAGCUAUCUAUAUGAAUCUUUCUUUCUUUCUAUCUAUCUAUCUAUCUCAAUAUGUUUAUAUUUAGCUAUCUAUAUAAAUCUGUUCAUAUCUUUCUAUCUCAAUAUGUUUAUAUUUAGCUAUCUAUAUAAAUCUGUUCAUAUCUAUCUAUCUAUCUAUCUAUCUAUCUAUCUAUCUAUCUAUCUAUCUAUCUGUCAAAGCUUGUUCAUAUCUAUGUAUCUAUCUUUUUCUCAGCCUAUUAAACAAUGA